CAACUUAGAAAGAAAUAAAACACCGUUUCCGCGGGGCCGCGUCUUCGCCUCCAAUAACUUCACAUUUGAUCAAACCCAAAUCGAAUUCCUUAACAAAUCCCAAAAUGCAGGUUUCUGGAAUGGAAUUCUUCAAAAAAGCAAAAUCAGUCCGGCUGAAGAGCCAUCACGAUAAAUAUUUAACAGCCGAUUCAGACGAAGAAACCGUCGUCCAAGAUCGCCAGGGUUCAUCGAAAUCCGUGAAAUGGACAGUCGAAUUCGUGGAAGGAAUCGAAAAUGUCUUGCGUUUGAAAAGCUGUUAUGGGAAAUAUCUCUCAGCCUCGGACGAACAAUACCUUCUUGGAGUGACUGGUCGUAAAGUUAUUCAAACUAUGCCCAGAAAAUUGGAUUCAUCAAUUGAAUGGGAGCCCAUUAGAGAUGGAAUGCAGGUAAAAUUCAAAUCAAGAUACGGUAAUUUUUUGCGCGCAAAUGGGGGUUUGCCUCCGUGGAGAAAUUCAAUAACGCAUGAUAUUCCUCAUAGACAUCAUGGUUGGAUUUUAUGGGAAGUUGAUAUUACUGAAACUCGACCUGAUUCGCCCCCGAAAGUUACACGAUCUGAUACCUUGGAGGGAGACUUGAGCACUGCUUCAUUUAAUUUGAGAUCCCCCGGUUUUCGUAGUUAUGAGUCCAGUGGUUCACUUGAUGAAUCCCCAAAGAAAUCUGAAGGCCGGCUCAUAUACUACAAUGUGGUGGAUGAUAGUGGGGAUGCUAAUGAUGAAUCUGAAGAGACUUCAUUUCAAUUUAAAGGGAAUGGCUUGGAGGACUUGAUCCAAAAAUUGGAGGAAGAAACUGGGAUUGAGAAUAUAAUUGUGUGUUCGCGAAACAAAGUAAAUGGAAGGCUUUAUCCUCUGCGGUUGGCUCUACCUCCCAACAAUGCAACUAUGCAUGUUGUUGUAGUUCCAUCAACAUCAAAAGUGGCUGAUGAAUUUUUGCCAGCAACUCCCUCUUUUACAUAAUGAAUUCACCACUUGUGAGACAUUCUCCAAAGAUGCUAAAACCUUAAUCACAGGAGGAGGAUUUUGAACUUCCAUUUUCUUGGGUAUUCAGCGAAUUUUCUGUUAUACAAGAAUAAUUGUAUGUUUGAUAUACAAGUUCAGAUUGUAAUGGACAGUAUAAUGUACAAGAUUUUUUGUUUUGUGAUACUAUUUAGCACUGUGGAAUCCCCCCCA